ACUCGCAUAUACUCUGUCUAAAGUUAAAAUACUAUAUAGUGCAGUAGAGAAGAGGUUUUUUAAGCGCGUUCUGCGGACGAGUCUAAUACGUAGCGCUGUGAAGAAAAGGAGCUUCUAGGCUGGGCCUACGCGCAGUGCUGUGGAGUGGGGGAAGUCCCCCAAGUUUUUGUACGAUCUCGAAAGACGUGCAAAAUUUUACACUCAGUAACUGAGAGUCAUACGACGAUAAAGACGUGCUGUGCAUUUCGGAAAGAGAGCUGUUGUUAUUUUGGAAAUUUAUUACGCAAAAUGGAAUUGCGAUCACGAAAAUCGUCAGAAGUAGUAAAUAUACUUUUGAAAUCCGCUGAAGAAAAUUUUGACAAUAUAGAUAAUUUGAGCGACAAAGGAGAAGACUAUUUAGAAAAACACUGCUCAACAGUGUCCGAGGAAGAAGCUGAAUCUGACAUAAAUGACUCGGGACAAAUUAUUGAUCCAGAUGAGAGGCAGUGUAAAAAGAAGGGACGUUUAUGUAAAUAUUUACGCGCAUCUAAUUUUAAAUGGUUGAUUAACGCACCAGAAUCUCGAGGUAGAUCAAUUAAAACAGAAUUUGACACUAUAAAAGCUAAAGCAAAAAGUGCUGCAAAAUCCGUUUCAAUACUGCUCGAAACCUAGUCUCUUCUUUUAUCAGAUGAUAUUUUAAAUAAAAUUAUUUUACACAAGAACAUAGAAAUCGAAUGGCAUCGAUAUAAAUUACUAACUGAAAAUAAAUUCAUACCAUCUUAUUACAACCAUAUGACUUUAAUGGAGUUUAAAGCUUUUAUAGGCUUAUUGUGUUGUGCUGGAUUCAAUAAAUUAAAUUAUACGAAUAUUCGACGUUUAUUAUCUCCGUUUUCAAUGCCGUUAUU